GACUGGACUGCCUGGUUUUGAACGAAGAACAAGUAAUGUACAGCUUAUGUCUUGAUAAUUUAUAGCACACCGCGGUGUCAAACUGCCUAAAGCUGACUGCAGGAGAGGAACUGGAGAUCUGCUGGCCAAACACAACCCCAAGUCAUUUGACCUGAUCAUUUGACUGGCACUUCGUAGGAAUACCCAGCACUGUGUUCACUGUGGGGGAUGUCAAGCACAGCAAUGAAGAAAAAGGUGCUAUUGAUGGGAAAAAGCGGGUCUGGAAAGACCAGCAUGAGAUCAAUCAUCUUUGCCAAUUACAUAGCUAGAGACACACGCCGCCUUGGAGCCACAAUCGACGUGGAGCACUCCCACGUGCGGUUUCUCGGCAAUCUGGUUCUGAACCUGUGGGACUGCGGAGGGCAGGACACGUUCAUGGAGAACUACUUCACCAGCCAGAGGGACAACAUUUUCCGAAACGUGGAGGUGCUUAUUUAUGUUUUCGACGUGGAGAGCCGCGAGCUGGAGAAAGACAUGCAUUACUACCAGUCGUGUCUGGAGGCCAUCCUGCAGAACUCCCCCGACGCUAAAGUCUUCUGCCUCGUGCACAAAAUGGAUCUGGUGCAGGAAGACCAAAGAGAUCUGAUCUUUAAGGAGCGUGAAGAAGACCUGAGGAGGCUGUCUAGACCUUUGGCUUGCACGUGCUUCAGGACAUCGAUCUGGGAUGAAACCCUGUAUAAGGCCUGGUCCAGCAUAGUGUACCAGCUAAUCCCAAAUGUACAGCAGCUGGAGACCAACCUUAGAAAUUUUGCACAAAUCAUAGAGGCAGAUGAAGUUCUUCUGUUUGAGAGAGCCACUUUUCUGGUGAUCUCCCACUACCAGUGCAAAGAGCAGCGUGACGCUCACCGAUUUGAGAAGAUCAGCAACAUUAUCAAGCAGUUCAAACUCAGUUGUAGUAAACUUGCAGCCUCCUUCCAGAGCAUGGAGGUGAGGAACUCCAACUUUGCGGCCUUCAUCGACGUCUUCACUUCCAACACAUACGUUAUGGUGAUCAUGUCGGACCCAUCUAUUCCCUCUGCAGCCACCCUCAUCAACAUCCGUAAUGCUAGGAAACACUUUGAGAAGUUGGAGCGGGUGGACGGACCCAAACACAGUCUGCACAUGCGAAUGCGCUAGCCGGCGCGUUUGCCUCCUGUCGAAAUACCGAGCCAAUCAGUCCACAGACCACAAGUGACACGCUGCAGACCAGCUCUGAUGCAUACGAGCAGCCCUGCACUGAUUUCCCAUUUGUCUCCACGUUCAAUCACAGUUAUUAUUACUGGAAAAUCAUAUUUUCUUCAGUCUAAUUUCUACAGUGAUCAUAUGUAUCUUGAACUGUGAUGCUAUUCUCUUGAAAUAUUCGCCCUAACUUUACGUAUUAAAGGAAAAUGAAUACUCGUGUUUACAGUUAAGGGGCUAUUAUUGCUGUUACACUUGGUCAUAUACCCAUUCACUCCAUACAGUGGGUUCCAGUGGUAUGGUUCUUCUUCCCAAAUGAAAAGGGCAGCAUAUACAGUUUGAUCUAGAAAUGGAUGUUGUAUGCUUUGUUCCUUUGAAAGUAUGCAAAAUAUAGUUUUAUUUGGAAAUAAAUGCGAAAUGCUUCUUUUGGCUUUGUA